UAUUUCUUUUAAUCGGCGCCAUUUGAUUAUUUUGGCAUCGAUAAAAAAUCAAUUUUACAAAAUAAUACAAAUACAAAAAAAAAAAGGCUGAUAAUAAUUGUUUAUGUUGUUCUAGAAUGGUUGUAAUUUUUUUUUUCGGUUGGAAUAAUGUGAAUCGUUGCUAUGGUGACUAAACAAUGGGACUACUUCUAUACAAGUUUAUGGCACUGGUGGUGUUUGUUAUGCUAGAAGAUUGUAGCAGUUAUAAAGACUCCAACCCUCCAAUCGAAUUAUAUGUUGCCGGAGCAAAGAAAGAUGGCAAUCAUACAGUGCGGAUUGAAAACGGAAGUGACGUCAUGCUCGUUUGCCAGACUUCUUUAGAAAGGUCCAAGAUGAUCAGAAAUGAACAGAACCAGACAUUAAACAAGACAGCCGACCCUGGACUUACAUACGUCUUCAAGACGUUUCGCUGCUCUGACUCUGGGAAAUACACCUGCCUUGUUAAACAAUCUAGUUCUAUGUUUGCACAGAGAGAGGAGGAGUCUAUUUAUUUGACCACACAAUCGAACUGUCCUCCCAGACUGUGUCACGGGGUAAUCCAGCAUCUAAACAUUAAGGCCACCCUUGGCUCGGACUUGACCAUUUCCGCCUGCAUCAUCUUCGACCGGCAACACGAGAGCAAGUACAACCUGUACGUGAAUGACCAGCACAUUGACCACGCCCAGGACCUAAAGUACCACGCUGAGCUCAUCAACACGUCACCCCUGCAUGUGAUGGUCACCCUGACGGUCAGGGAUGUAACGCCUGCUGACUUGACCUUGAACACCAUCAAGGUCAAGGACAGCGCUACAGAAGAGACAGUCCUCAGCUAUAACUUUACCAUCACGUCGGAAGAAAGUGUGUCCGGAGGUCCUGACCUGAAGCUUAUUAUACCAGUUACAAUUGGAGCUGUCUUUGUUAUUGUAGUGGUUAUAAUUGUCUACCGAUAUAUGAAAGUGGACUCUGGCAAAUAUCAAGUCAGACCAAGGCUCUCAACAUCAGCUAGCUCCAAUUCUGAAGACCACUACGACAGACUUGAAGAGUACCAUCGCAACAAGAGAGGUCGCGCUGGCAACCAGUAUCUGACCACCUCGGACGUACGGAGUGAGCGGCUCAAGUACCAGACCCUAUCUAAUAAUAUCGGUCAGGGUGCAACAGCCAGAGACCCUCAAGGCUGGGAUGUUAUUGAGUACAUAACGCCUUCUGAUGGCGGCACUCAAGAAUUUCCUUUAAAACCACAGCCAUGUGGAAACACGCCAAAGCAUUCAAGACGUCAGCAUUCUAGACAACGGGGAGAUGCAGAAAGCGUUGAUAUGGGGGAAAGUUUACAAAUUUGGUAUGAAAAUCAAAUCUUUGAGUAUGAACAACAAAUUGGAAGUCGUUGCCGGAAUUUCGGAAGUCAGACAAGUAUAGAUAGUUAUAACCCGGAUGUCAUUGACAGCUUCAUCAACAAUCCCCUCUACGACGAUGGCAUACGCAUAGAGCACAUGAAAUACUCAGCAGAUCCGAAACAAGACUUUACGGACCAUCCAAAGCUGAAUGUCGCCGACGAACUGGCUGACAUUGAACGAAGUAUCGUUCUAAGUGUGAAAGAACUUGACAGCUUCGAGAGAACUUUGACUCGACCUCAAAAGAAGCAUCAGACAGAAACCAACUCCGGGAAUAUCAUCGCCGAAACAGAUGAAAUCAUGGCAUCAUGUAAACAGUCUGUUGAUGUCCUCAGUAGGAUAGCUGAAGACGACAUUUGCAAUAGCACUCAUACUAUCGUCGAAAAACGGUCUAUGGACGACGAAUUUGGACAAAUACAAUUUUUCCAUCUUUUUGGGGACAAUGGCAAUCUUCAAAGAAGCUGUGAUGCCAUUGAGCUAUCCCAUCAAGAUGCUCAAACCAUGGACGGUGAAUCGUCGUCCCCGACACAAAAUAUUAGGCAAUAUUUUCAAAAGCGUAUCGACGAUGAUGAAUUUAUGGCUCUGAUUGAACUUAUGGACUACGUGAAACGUCCGGAUACCACGUGAUGUUUAAAAUGUUUCACUUCCACUUUCUCUUUAAAAUGAAACUAAUUUUGUAGAGAGUCUUCAAUCUUAUCUUAUAAACUUAAGACGUUCCUUCAAAUGAAAAGAUAAUUACGCACUACGCCUGUCCUUGUGCUAAUCUCGUCAUGCAUUUUAAUCAGAAACUUGAGCUUUACUAUAUUAUUUGUUUUUCCCUUGAUUAUGGCAUCCGCUCCGUACUCUGAUGCCGCUUACAUAUGCGUGUGGUGGCAUGUGGAAUAAAGAGCAAUGUUCCUUGAUCAUAAUGUUUGCUGAGCAUUUAAUUAGGUUUUGGUUUCAAAACAUAAUAUAAGAAUUCUAAAGAGGAUCGUUAAAGCCUUAUAUAGUAUAUAUAUGGUGGCAGAUGUCUAAUGAACUAGCUUUAAACAAUGGUCUAUACUACACAACAAGAGUGGCCGUAAAGCAAAUGUCCAAAACAAGGGAGAUUAAUAAUAAUAAUAAUAAUAAUCUUUAUUAUCUAUAAGGAAAUGUGUCUUACAAUUUGUGCAUUACACCAAACACAACAACAAAGCUUAUCUUACUGCCAUAUAUCUCAAGAUGAUAGCGUUUAACUCCUUUUCUGUUGUAAAAUAAAGAAAUUAAUUACUAACUAAUUGGUUAUUUUUUAAUUGAUUCAUAACUGUGAAUAAUUAUUAUACAAUAUGACAACUUCAUCAGAGAAUGGAAAGGAAAGAAAA